AUGAAAAUGGAGAAUAAACCGCCUGUAAUGUCGGGAAGUUUUGACUUGUAUGCAGAGGAGCUGAAAACUUUCUUGACCAACAUGGACAUUUGGGGUGUUGUGGAGAAUGCGUCAGCGGUUCGUGCAGCUGUUAGCGAGGAGCAAGUUCGUCGAAUGAAUAAUUUGGCUCGUGGUGCAAUCAUGCGAGGCGUUCCUAAGGCCGAUGCUGAGUUGAUAUGCCAUCAGCAGAGCGCGCAAGAUAUGUGGACUGCAUUUGUUGAUAAGCAGACCAAACGCGAGUAUGCAAAUUAA